AAAGCAAAUGCGGCAAAUUUUAUUUCAGAGUGACCUGACCAACGGAAGAGCGGGCGAUGCAGGCGGGACGAGGAGGCCGAGGAUAGCAGAUAGAUUUAGGGUUUGAGCUUUGAUUCUCCGGUUUUCUCGCAUUCCAAUGGACUUCUGGAAUCAUCCUGACGGUAACAUUAACCACCAUCUGGAGAGCAGGCGCAUCGACUCUCUCCAGGAGAUGAACCAUCGGUUGCAAAUGCAUUCAUCUUUGGUUCGAAGGCUUGCCCUUGAUAAAGUCAUGGAGGGCCAUCAUGGUUGUGUUAAUGCAAUUUCUUGGAAUUCAAGCGGCUCGUUAUUGAUCUCCGGAUCAGAUGAUACCAGAGUUAAUAUAUGGAGCUACUCAACCGGUGGACUGAUUCAUAGCAUUGAUACGGGGCAUUCUGCAAACAUAUUUUGUACAAAAUUUGUUCCAGAGACAUGUGAUGAACUUCUUGUUUCUGGUGCGGGUGAUGCAGAGGUUCGCCUGUUCAAUGUGUCUCAUGCAAAGUGGAAAAGUGGCGAUGUUAGCACCUUGGAACCAUCAGCGUUUUUCCAGUGCCAUUCCAGGCGGGUCAAGAAGUUGGCUGUUGAAGUUGGAAAUCCUCAUAUAUUGUGGAGUGCAAGUGAGGAUGGGACAUUAAGGCAACAUGACUUAAGGGAAUGUUCUACUUGCCCUCCUGCAGGUUCUUCUAGUCAGGAAUGCCGCAAUGUUCUUCUUGACCUUCGAUGUGGGGCAAAAAAAUCUCUAGCUGAUCCUCCAAAGCUUUGCUUAUUACUGAAAUCUUGUGACAUAAGUACCACGCGACCCCAUCAAAUCCUUGUAGGGGGAAGUGAUGCGUUUGCCCGAUUGUAUGAUAGGAGAAUGCUUCCUCCAUUGACAACUUGCCAGACCAAAGCAAAACCACCUCCUUGCAUUAGUUAUUUUUGUCCAAUGCAUCUUUCAGAGCACAGGAGGUCAAGCUUGCAUUUAACCCAUGUUGCAUUCAGUCCGAAUGGAGAUGAAGUGCUAUUGAGUUAUAGUGGAGAGCAUGCUUAUCUGAUGGAUGUUAACCUUGGUGAUCAGGAUACCAUGAGGUACUUUGUUAAUGAUGUUUCAAAGCUGCUAUCAAUCAACAGCUGUAGAGAAACCGGUCUACUGCCACUUAAAACAAGUUCAAGCCAAUUCACUGGAAGUAAACGCCAUUUGGGAAGGCUUGAAAUGUGCAAGAUGUUGGUGCAAGAAGCCGCAAAAACUUUAGAAGAAGGAUCAAAUGUCUUUCAUGGAAUUGAGAUGUGCAAUGAAGUGCUUCAUGGCAAAGGUCCUGAUGUUGGCCCUGCAAUGAGGCAUGAAUGCUUGUGCAUUCGAGCAGCUUUGCUUCUUAAGAGAAAAUGGAAAAAUGAUGUUCAUAUGGCUAUAAGAGAUUGUAACAAUGCUCGAAGCAUUAAUCCAACAUCAUUUAGAGCAUAUUACUACAUGUCAAAAGCACUUAUGCAGUUACGGAAACACAAAGAAGCCUUAGAUUAUGCUUUGGCUGCACGUGAAUUAGAUCCAACAAACUCUGAGGCUGCAGAAAAGGUGGUAAACAUAAUGGAUCAUAUUGCUGCAGCUGAAGAAAAAAGGAAUAGAGAGGAUUGUGAGGAUUCAACUAGGGGAAAGGUGUGCCGUGGAAGAUUGAGAUCGUUGAGUGAUGUACUCCUCCGGACGGGAUUCAAUAGUGAGGAUUCUUUGGAUGGUCAUGAGCUUGAGAGGGUUGAUUCUGACUAUGAAGAUGAAAUGGAAGUGGACUUUGAAACUUCAAUAUCUGGGGAUGAAGGCUCUGACAAUGAACCAAACUUUUUCCGUGGAAGUUUAAAUUUGAGAUUUCACAAAAGAGAUUAUUUAAAAAGAGACAACACUGUAGCCAAUGGUUCACUUGGUCUAUCAGCUCAACAUGAGGCCUCUUAUGAGCCUGAAGCUGCUAUUGAUAUGAAACAAAGAUAUGUUGGCCACUGUAACGUUGGUACAGACAUAAAACAAGCCAGUUUUCUCGGACAGCAAGGUGAGUUUGUGGCAAGUGGCAGUGAUGAUGGGAGAUUGUUUAUUUGGGAAAAGAGAACAGGAAGACUGGUUAAAGUGCUUCUUGGAGAUGACGCUGUUGUCAAUUGUGUCCAGUGCCAUCCAUUUCAUUGCACCAUUGCAACUAGUGGAAUUGAUAAUACAAUCAAGAUGUGGAGCCCACAUGCUCAAGUUCCGUCGAUAGUUGCAGGAGGUGUAGCAGGACCUGAUUCAGCUGAUGUUCUUAGUAUCAUGGAAAGUAAUCAGCACAAGUUGUUGAAUAAUCGCCUUUCGAGUUCCUGGAGAGAUUUAGGAUGCACGAGUUUGCUGAAGGAACUUUACGUCCUUUCGAAUGUGCUCAGAGCUGAUUUUUGUGUUCAAAGCUCUAGCAACUUUCCAUUUUUUUACAAAGCGGGCUUGCAUUGGAGGACUGAGGGAGGCUAUUACCCAAAAUAAGUCAUCGGUUGUGUUCUGUUUUCUGGAGGAUUACACUGUGAUGGUUAUUUAUUCCUUCUACAAUUCCUGAUUGCAGUUGAGGACAAAAAGAUCGAAAAACUUGGCUGAAGGCUUUUAUAAUUUUGGGCAAGCGAGCUGAUUUGAUUGGUUUUGUUUAUAACUAUUGCACCUCGUUAGUAGUCUUUGAGGUUUGAUGUAAAUAAUGUGUGUAAACUGUUCUUAGUGUUGUUAAGGAGCAAUUAUUACGUCCGGUCAAAUCCGAACGUAUCUGAAUGUAUACCGAGCAAUACCGAGUUUCAGGUGACGUGGCGCAUGGUUAUUGGUCUAUGAACGCGUUCGAUCGACCGGACGUAAUAAUUUCUCGUUGUUAAGGCUCUGUAUUCAAAUCUUUCAAUCUCUUGUGAAUAUAUUGGAUGGGCAAAGAAAAAUGAUUUGAGCCGUUGAAACUCUGCCUAAAUAAUGUUCAUUAUUACAAGUGCUGCGCCUCAGAAUUGACUGUAUUCGGUUAAUGCAGCGAAGUCCAAAAGCAUGUAAAGAGUUAGUGUGAAAAGCGAAGGCUUUGAGUUGUGAAAGAAAGGGAUGGUGGGAAUCUUUUUUUAUCUAUAUUUUAUUUUUUUUAAUUAAUUGUUGGGGAAAAAAUUGGCAUAUUAUUUGUUUAUAAAGCCCUUUGAUUAUAAUGUAAAUAUAAAGUUUUAAGUAAAUGUGAAGUAAGAGUAUUAGGUUUUA